AUGUCCAAACGCGAAGCCCUCGAGGUCUCCGACUCCACAGACUGGCUAGAAACGCCCCUCCGUUCCGUCGCAGCGGUCGACUCAGCCCUCAGAUGUCAAGUGUGCAAAGACUUCUACACGACGCCUAUGAUUACGUCGUGCUCACACACCUUCUGCUCAUUGUGUAUAAGACGGUGCCUGAACAAUGAUGGGAAGUGCCCGGCUUGUCGAACGGUAGACCAAGAACUUCGGCUUCGGUUCAAUGGGGCUGUGGAGGAGCUGGUUGAGGCUUUCAAGACAGCCAGGCCGGAGAUAUUUGCUCUUGCAAAGAAGUCGGUUAACUCUGGAGUUACUUCACCAAAAAGGAGUCGGGAGGAUCUACAGUUGGAUGAUGAUGAGAAGCCCCCGCCGAGGAAGAGGACUAGAUCUUCGCGGAUAACACGAGCUACCCAGGAGGUGUACGUGGUCGAUUCGGACCUAGACGAUGGGGACUUUGUUCCUGAAGAAGGCUGCGUCCAAUGCCCUAUUUGUAAUAAACAAGUCAAGCAAGAGACGAUCAACACGCAUAUAGACCGCGGUUGCGCGGACGAACCCCCAACACGGAGAAACGAAAAGAGUACAUUCCCGAUAAGCCCUUCAAAGUCGUUACAAAACCUUACAAAGAGACCUGAGAGAUUGGCUCAACUCCAUUACUCCAUGGUGAAGGAUAAUGCUCUCCGGAAGAAGCUGGCAGACCUUGGACUUCCCGCCGGAGGAACAAGGCAAGGAAUGGAGCGCAGAUAUACAGAAUGGGUCACUUUGUGGAAUGCAAACUGUGAUGCCACACAUCCGAAGGGGAAGACCGAAUUGAAGAGGGAGUUAGACACAUGGGAGCGCACCCAAGGAUCGCGAGCGCAGGCGACGAGUUCACUGAAUCCCGGAGCACAAAUAAGAGAUAGAGAUUUCGACAAAGCUGCAUGGUCAACGCAACAUGACGGUUCCUUUAAGGAGCUCAUAGCCAAUGCACGGAGCAAAGUACGCGCCAAGGCUGCUACCCCAGACUCUCCUUCAAGGCCAACGCCACCUCUUGAACCCCCAGUUACGCCAAUUCGCGGGGCAGGUAAUCCGUUAAAGAGCCAAGGACCAGCAAAUGUAAGUAUGAUGGAAGCUGGUGGCGAGGAACAGGACGAACACCAUCCAGAUCAGCAGCCAGACGCUGUAAAUGUCGUUGGAAUGACCCCCUUCUCGAAGAGUAGAUUCUUCGACGAGCCUGGUCUCUCCAACCCUACAUCUCAGGCCCCUACAUCACAAUAUUCGAACAGUAUACCAAUAUUUGAGAAGGAAAAGGACAUAGAUAUUACUACAAUAACAAAUCCACAACCGUAG